GUAUCGAGCAGUGCGCAACUCACUCCAACAAGCAAGCAACCAACCACUAGUCGAGCCAGCUCGCCGCGUCUCCUGGGGCCGCUUGCGCUUGCGUGCGUCUCAUCUGCGGCUUCAUGAGGAGCUGAAGGCGCCCGACCAAGCGCGGAUUUUUUGGAGGGUGGAUUUGCGCACAAAACUCAGCCAUGGACGAUGUUAAAAGGCCAGGCGUUCUUCUUCAAGUCGCGCUUCUAUUAAUUUGCAGUCACUGCCACGCAUUCCUGGAUAAUCUUCCAGAGGAUGACGCAUCAGAUGAGCUGCUUGUUCAUCGCACCGACCCACAAGAAGACAGUCAAUUUUUCUCCUGUGACUUCGAAUCGCCAUGUCUCUGGACCUUAUCAAAUCAAAGCCAGCGAAGCGACUGGUCUGUGGUAUCUGCACGGCAAACGGAGCAAGCAGGUCGGAUGCCUGGAGCGGACCACUCGAAGGGAAGCUCUGAUGGUCACUUUCUUCUCCUGAGCCCCUCCCCUGUUGCCGAGGCUUCUCAGAUAUGCGAAUACCAUUUGAACAGCCCAAUCUUGCUCAGCAGCGGGCACCAGUGUGUUUUGCAUCUGGCCUUAUAUGAGUUAUCGCCAUCGGCGGGGAACUUCACAGUCCUGAUCAAGCCACUUUACUACGGUUCAGACACUUUGGAGUUAAAGCCGGAGAGAAGAGAGGAUCCCAGUUCAGAAUGGGAAGUCGUCACAAAUGAAAUAGGCCAAGUGGACGAACCCUUCCACGUGACUCUGCGCUACACCGGAUGUGUUCAGGAAGGUUCCAUUGUGGCUCUCGACUCACUGCGCUUCAAAAACUGCGAAUUGGGCGAAGAGGACGAGGUCAUCCUACCGGACGUGGACUGUGGUGAUAACUUCUACUGCGAACACUCUGAAUACUGCAUCCCCCAAAAACAUGUGUGCGAUUUCCACACGGACUGCCCUUUAGGAGAGGACGAGGGCUUCAUCUGCGGUUCAAUGCCAUUUGGCUCACACUGCACAUUUGAGCAGGACGCUUGCGGUUGGUCCGUGUCUAACCGGAGGUCGACUUGGAGGAGGGUGGCCGGUGACGAGCUGCUGCUAAGAGAAGACAUGCGUGGAAUUGCCCUCGGGAGUACGCCGGGGCACUUCUUGUUUCUGGAGAUCAGAGAGAAACAUACUGUGAAAGAGGCAUCUGUCAAGAGUCCCUUUUUCCCUCCUCCUGUCGCCAACAGAACUUGCCAGAUGCAUUUUUCUUUUUACCUCUUUGGCUCCUUCAAUGGCUCUUUGUCAGUGGCUAUAGAAGAAAAUGGGACUUCCUCAGCACUACUGGUCUGGGAAGAACACGAUCAGUGGCAAGAUGACUGGGAGGACGUUGCCCUGGAGCUGACAGACCUUCAUCAUGGUUUCCGUAUUAAGAUGACAGCUGUUUGGCUCCAAGGCUCCCACGCUGACGUCGCCUUGGAUGACAUUGCCGUCAGUGCAAACUGCUUUUAUACAGAUCUCAAUUCUAUCACGCCCAUGGCCGACCUGAGGGAUUUCUUGAUCCCCCACUCAGAGCCUUCAUUUUCAGAAGUGUCUCUGAUGACGUGGUUUUUCAAUUCGUGCGGCGCCAGUGGUCCUCACGGGCCGACCCAGGCCCAGUGUGACAGCACCUACAGGAACAAAAAUGUCAACGUAACCGUGGGGAAAGAGGGAUUCUUGAAAGGGGUGCAAAUGUGGAGGGUCCCAGCCACCAAUAGAUACGAGAUCUCGGCUUACGGUGCCGCAGGAGGAAAAGGAGCCAAAAACCACAACAACCACAACCACGGGAUCUUUAUAUCGGCUGUGUUUCCUCUCGAGAAAGGGGAAUUGCUUUACAUCUUAGUGGGCCAUCAAGGGGAAGACGCGUGCCCAGGGAGAAAUUCCCAAACCGAGAAGAUCUGCCUGGGGGAGUCAUCUGUGAUUGACACCAGGGGGGAGGAGGGGACUGAGUGGUCUGGAGGAGGAGGGGGAGGAGGUGGCGCUACCUUCAUCUUUAAGAUGGAGGGCGACGAGCUCGUUCCCCUACUGAUCGCGGCCGGUGGAGGAGGGAACGCCUACAUGGAAGACCCAGAGUCCAGCCCGGAUCAGAUACCGUUGGAGCAGUUUGAGAACAGCAUAACAGCACCAAGCACCAAUGGCCGAACAGGUCAAGCAGGUGGUGGUGGAGGCUGGAAAGACUCCCCUACUUCAGACCUGGUGGCUGGCAGAUCCCUGACGGAGGGUGCGCACGGGGGUGCAGCAUGCCUGUUAUCCCAGUCCAAACUGGGCUGGUCCACCUACGGGGGGUUCGGAGGAGGGGGCGGAGCCUGCACAGCUGGAGGAGGGGGAGGCGGCUACAGAGGUGGCGACGCCGCCAAGACAGAUGAUAUAAAAGCAGACGGUCAUGACGGAAUCUCCUUCAUUCAUCCAAAUGGCGAGAUUUACCUCCAACCUUUAGCGGCCAUGGAGAGUCACGGCAACUGCGAGAUCAAAGUACAUGUGAACUGCAGCCACUGUCAGUCGCGAAGCUGCAAGCGUGACGACGCCACACACUUCAUCCUGUGCCUGUGCAAUGGCGACAAAGAAGUUUUGGCCAGCGACAACGUCACGUGCGUUAUUACAGGAGCUCCCCUAGUCCCGCCUCCCCAGGCCCAGACGUCCACCACGUUGAUCCUGGCCGUGGUCACCUCCACCGUCGUCAGCGGCGUGGCCUUGAUCUGCGCCGGCGUCAUUCUCAUGUGGCAUCGCUGGAAAAACGAUCUGCAAGCAGUGAGGAGCCGCCUGCAAAGUCCUGAGUACAAGUUGAGUAAAAUCCGAUCAUCCACUAUCAUGACGGACUACAACCCCAACUACUGCUUUGCCGGAAAGACCACGGCACUCAGUGAGCUGAAAGAAGUACCGCGCAAAAAUAUUACACUGCUCAGAGCUCUCGGCCAUGGCGCCUUUGGCGAAGUGUACGAGGGUCAGGUCCUCGGGAUGAACGCCGAUAACGGCCCCAUGCAGGUGGCCAUAAAGACACUUCCAGAAAUCUGCUCAGAACAGGAUGAAAUGGAUUUCCUCAUGGAGGCGCUGAUCAUGAGCAAAUUCAACCACGAGAACAUCGUACGCUGCAUCGGCGUCAGUCUCAACAUCCUGCCACGCUUCAUCCUGCUGGAACUCAUGACCGGAGGAGACAUGAAGAGCUUCCUGAGGCAGAACAGGCCUCAACGCGGUCGAGCUGCUUCUUUGAGCAUGCACGAGCUGCUGCAGAUGGCCAGAGACAUUGCCAGGGGUUGUCGCUACUUGGAAGAGAAUCACUUCAUUCACAGAGAUAUUGCUGCUAGAAAUUGCCUAUUGACAUGCCCUGGAGUGGAACGGGUGGCCAAGAUCGGCGAUUUUGGCAUGGCUAGAGAUAUUUACAGAGCCAGCUACUACAGGAAAGGGGGUCGUGCCAUGCUGCCGGUCAAGUGGAUGCCGCCUGAGGCUUUCAUGGAGGGUAUCUUCACCUGCAAGACUGAUACUUGGUCAUUUGGAGUACUGCUAUGGGAGAUCCUCUCUUUGGGUUACAUGCCCUAUCCAUGUAAGACCAACCAGGAGGUGCUUGAGUUUGUCACCAGUGGUGGCAGGAUGGAUCCCCCGGAGGGCUGUCCAGGUCCAGUAUAUCGGAUCAUGACACAGUGUUGGCAGCAUUGUCCUGAACAUCGACCCAACUUCUCGACUAUACUGGAGAGAAUCAACUACUGCACUCAGGAUCCGGAUGUGAUCAACACACCUCUCCCAGUAGAAUAUCGUCCUACAGCGGAAGAUGAUAGCGCCACUGUGGUUCGCCCAUCUGACCACACACCCACCAGCUUCUCUCCCUUGAACUCCCCAUCAACUCUCACACCCUCAGCGCUUCUCCCGCAGCCCGCCAAGCCACGCCACAUCCUUCCAAAAGGCCCGCCCGUCCAGCACGAGGCGCCGUCAUGUCGAGAUGCGCUUCCGGAGCCCUCCAGAGCCGAGGCGGCCCAGCCGCCUGCAGUGUGCACAAUGGGCUUCUGGCCAAACCCCGAAGCUCCCUUACACCGACCUUGCUCCAGAAACAGCUCUUGUUCAGGAAGCCAACGGCUGAAGAACAAAACCAAGAAUCUGUGGAACCCGACGUACGGCUCGUGGGUUUUGGAAAGCCUCAAGGGCAAAAAAGCGCUAGCCCACACGCAGUCGGUGCCCCUCUCGAGUUCUCCGUCAUCUCAGUCCCCGUCAGAGUGCAACCGGUGUGAAGGCUCGAACGGUUCUAACCUCAAGCCUCCCAACAUCUGCACUUCCGCCUCGUCUCCCUGCCAGGCUCAAGUCCCGCUGAGUAAAAGCCAAAGUAGCGGCGCCCCCUCAAAGGGGGGCAUCGAUUUGGCCAAGCUACAAAGCUUUCCGUGCGGAAACGUCAAUUACGCCUAUGACGAGCAAAGCUACGAGGCGGAAAGCUUGCCCUUAGUGGUCCAGACCAAAGCCCCGGAAGCCAUCAAAAACACCAACUCGGCCCCCAGCGUGUCCUCAGGGACCAGCCUGGGGCUGGCGCUGGGCCUCUACUCGUCCUCUUCCUGCAUGCCCAAGCUGCUGCUCAAGCGGCACGCCAGUUACGGGCACGAGGAUGUGAGAAGACACGCCAAAGCUGAGAAGCCCACACGAGACAGAGACUCUGGCUUCUCUCUGUCCGAGGACCUGAGCGUCACACCGAUCUGAGAGGCAACGUAGCAGGUCAGAGGUUAAAAAAAAAAAACUGAGAUCACAAUAAAUUACCAAAUAAAAGUUAGCUUUCAAACUUUUUACACUACGUACCAAUUUAAAAUGUUGUGUAGAACCUCUGGAGAAAAGGAUGGAAUCACCAGUGUCGGAGGAUGUGAAUGCAGUUGUUUAGUUUUUUGUUUUUUUAGGACAAAAGGAGAUCAGACAUGACACAAAACUACAGUAAUUUUGAAUGAACUUUCUGGCUUUAAGAAACACUCAAGAAAUCAGUUAAAAAAAAAAAAAAAAGAUGCGGUAGUUGGUAACAGUUACCUUUUUAGCCCAAGCCGAAGGGAAAAAAAUCAUAUGAAUUAUUCUGUUGCCGUCCCAGGCCAUUUGGGGGCCCUAAGCAAAAUAAUGCAAAGGGGCUCGUAUUUUUGGCCCACCAUUUCGUCACAGUAUAAUGUGAAACCCAUACAUGCAAUCCAACCCAUACGUCCAUAUAUUGUAUAUUAAUCAGAUUUUGUUGCACUGUAUACUUAAAACUUCUCACCCCAAAUGAUUGUCAGUACUUACAGUAGAUAGCGCCAAACCUUUUUCUAAAAAAGGAAAGAAAGAAGUUAAGGAAGAACUUUUAUUUUUUUAAGCUUGUAAUCAAGUAUCAAAACUCACAAAAGUCAAAUAAAGCAAACUGUAGUAAAAAAAAAAAAAAAAAAACAAUUGCCAGAUUGGGGGCCCCCCAAGUGGUCAGGGGCCCUAAGCAGCUGCAUGGUCUGCGUAUAGGCUGGGCCGGCCCUGGCCGUCAGUGGCAGCCAAUGAGUUGCCAACUUUUCUAGAUACAAUAUAAUGAUCCCUCGUUUUUCGCGGUUAUUGGGGAUCACCACCCCAACCUACCACCAAAUAAUCCAAAUCCGCAAAGUAGAGGCGAAGCUUAUUUACAAUGAAGAUAAAAAGUAUUUGAACACCCUGCUAAUUUGCAUAUUCUCCCACUUAGAAAUCAUGGGGGAGUCUGAAAUUUUCAUCGUAGGUGCACGCCCACUGUGAGAUAAUCUAAAAAGAAAAAUCCAGAAAUCACAAUGCAUGAUUUUUUUAUAAAUUUAUUAGGGCUGUCAAAGGAUUAAAAUUUUUAAUCGAGUUAAUUACAGCUUAAAAAUUACUUAAUCGUAAUUAAUUGCAAUUAAUCGCAAUUCAAACCAUCUAUAAAAUAUGCCAUAUUUUUCUUUAAAUUAUUGUUGGAAUGGAAAGAUAAGACACAAGAUGGAUAUAUACAUUCAACAUACGGUACAUAAGUACUGUAUUUCUUUAUAAAACAAUAAAUCAACAAAAUGGCAUUACCAUUAACAACAUUCUGUUAAAGCGAUCCAUGGAUAGAAAGACUUGUAGUUCUUAAAAGAUAAAUGUUAGUACAAGUUACAGAAAUUUUGUAUUAAAACCCCUCUUAAUGUUUUCGUUUUAAUAAAAUUUGCAAACAUUUCAAUCAAAAAAUAAACUAGUAGCUUGCCAUUGUUGAUGUCAAUAAUUACUUACACAAUGCUCAUGGGUGCUGAAGCCUAUAAAAUCAGUGGCACCCAAGCGCCAGCAGAGGGCGGCAAAACUCCAUAAAACACAAUUAACAUGUGGGCAUUUCACUGGACUGUCAUUAAAAUCUGAGCGGGGCAUGUGCGUUAAUUGCGUCAAAUAUUUUAACGUGAUUAAUUUUAAAAAUUAAUAACCGCCCGUUAACGUGAUAAUUUUGACAGCCCUAAUUAAAACCACUCUUAAUGUUUUCGUUUUAAUAAAAUUUGUAAAAUUUUAAAUCAAAAAGUAAACUAGUAGCUCGCCAUUGUUGAUGUCAAUAAUUACACAAUGCUCAUGGUGCUUAAACCCAUCAAAUCAGUCGCACCCAAGCGCCAGCAGAGGGCGACAAAACACCAAAAAACACAACUAACAAUUGGACAUGACACUGUGCUCUCAUUUUAACCUGUUUGAGCGGGUUAUGUGCGUUAAUUGCGUCAAAUAUUUUAACGUGAUUAAUUUAAAAAAUUAAUUACCGCCCGUUAAUGCGAUAAUUUUGACAACCCUAUAUAAAACAUUUUUUGCCCUUUUAUUCCCCCAAAAGUAUAAUUCUAUAUUAAAUGCUUCGUUGAGUGAGUCCUCUCAAAUCCACUCACGCUGCUCAGAACAGCACUUAACACACUACCGCAAAAACAAUUCUGCGUCUUUUAAAGUAAACCUACUCUAAGAAGUACAUUUUUCUAAAAAAGAAAAAUACUCAAGUAAAUGUAUGUCAUUUCUACCCACCACUGCAACUAAGUAGUAAAUAAUUAGAGCUUACAGUAAGUAAUUUUUGUGGUGAUUACAAUGCUGGACAAAGGCCUUCAUAUAGACACUCCUCUGCACUGUGAUUCAGAGACCUGGACUCUUUCCUGCUGGAACCUUCUUCUUAUCCCAUUCAAACCUGCCCUGUUUGGCCGCUUGGUUAUACAGUAUAUUGGAUCUGUAUGGCUUUUUUUAUGGCAGAGCAGUUUGACUUUACGGCAUGGGAGAGCGAGAGAAAAGAGAACAGCGCAAAAAGGAACAACAACACUAUGUGACAAUGCCGCAUCUUCACCGAAAAGCUGAACAUUUUCUACAUACAGUAUUUUGGGUUUUUAUUCAUCUCCUGGAAGCACUUGGACCUCUGACCUAUCAUUGUGAUGUUGGCGUGCCAAUGUCCAGUAGAAGAAUCUGCGAGCAUUUCCCAUUGCUGGAAUUUUUAAUUACACGGAAUUCAAGAAUGGCUUUUUGGGACUUGUAUUUUUCUAUACAGAGACUGGAUAUGAAAGAAGAAGAAAGCAUGGACAUUUAGCCACAUUUUUGUCAUGGCAACAGCUUAACUUUGAUGAUGUAGCAAUUUGUAACGCAUGUGUUGAUCUUUUCUUGAUUUCACCUGCAAAGUAUGGUUUGCGGGCUUAUAGUCCAACUAUCGGGUAACAAUGGUACUUUGAUUCGGGACUUUUUACUCAUUCCUUGACAGCUCGUAACUCAAUUUAAUCACGGUUUAAAUUUGUUGCUGCCAUCUAGUGGUACUCGAAAUAUUUCUUCAUUUUGCAUCUGCAUUUAAGUACAGGUAGUACCAGGUUUACGAACGAGUUCCGUUCCUACUAGGGUUGUUCCGAUCAUGUUUUUUUGCUCCCGAUCCGAUCGUUUUAGUUUGAGUAUCUGCCGAUCCCGAUAUUUCCCGAUUCGAUUCCUUUUUUUUGCUCCCGAUUCAAUUCCAAUCAUUCCGAUAAUUUUUCCCAAUCAUAUACAUUUUGGCAAUGCAUUAAAAAAAAAAGAAUAAAACUCGGAUGAAUAUAUACAUUCAACAUACAGUACAUAAGUACUGUAUUUGUUUAUUAUGACAAUAAAUCCUUAAGAUGGCAUUUACAUUAUUAACAUUCUUUCUGUGAGAUAGAUCCACGGAUAGAAAGACUUGUGACUUUGUAUAUUGUGACUAAAUAUUGCCAUCUAGUGUAUUUGUUGAACUUUCAGUAAAUGAUACUGUAGCCAUGCCCAAAUGCAUGAUGGGAAGUGGAACCAUGACUGUGCAUAGUGCUACCAAUUGAUAUAUCUUCUCUGCGUUGGGAAAUAACAUAAGGUGUUAGGAAAAAGAUCAAUUGCUACCUUGCUUCCCCACAUUGCUUCCCAUGAUAUUUCUAAUCGUAGGGAGAGGGAUUGUAAGGCUUUAGCCAUUUACAAAAAGGCUCCAAAGGCUGCCAAAAUUCACUCUACUCAUUUUACGCUGCCUUUUAUCUCUCUAUAUAGGUAAAACGGCACCAUUACAGAUUGAGCGCGAUAAUGCGUGAGUGGGUCGUGCAGCGCAUGCAUUAAUUGCGUUAAAUAUUUUAACGUGAUACAUCUUUUAAAAAAUUAAUUACCGCCGUUAUCGGGAUAAAUUUGAUAAACCUACCUUAAGCCUAAACUAAAGACUCUGGAUGAGUGUAACAUAUUAUGUCUGUAACAUUAAAUACAAUUAGAAAACGAUUUAAUUAGAAAAUAUAUAUAUAUUAAAAAAAGGCAUGGCCGAUAUUUUUUUUGCCGAUUCCGAUACUUUGAAAAUGACGUGAUCGGACCCGAUCGAUCGGGAUGCCGAUUGAUCGGAACAUCUCUAGUUCGUACGUUGGCGACGUAGACCGAAUUUCCGCACAAGUCAGAAUUAACCCCCUAAAUACCCCCUAAGUGUCAAAAUAACUAUCUUCUUAUUACAUUUAACUCCUAGAACAGACAUGUCAUCUUGAAAGGCAAUUUAAAAUAAAAUUAGAAUAGAGAACAACAGAGUGGAUAAGUGGACGGCAUAGACUCCACCAUCAGUGACAAGACAGCUCCCACAGACAUUGUGCCAUGCCUUCCCGUAGGCGGCCGACCCAGGCAAAACGUUGAGUUGGCUUUCACUGUGAUAAACUCAAACACAAUCUGCGCUGUAACUCCGGAUUUAGGUAGAAAUCGGACAAAUGUUUUACUUACCGUAAUUUCCGGACUGAAAGCCGCUACUUUUUUCGUUCAUUUUGAAUCCUGCGGCUUAUAUUCCAGUGUGGCUUAUUUGUUUGGGUUAAUUGGCAACACAUGCCUCCUAGCAUGCAUUGCAGCACUACAGAUGUAAGUAACAAUCAAAAUUCAUAUUCUGUGCUAAUUAUUUAUGCAUUUACUGUUCCAGUUUCAUUAAUUGCUUGUUAUGGUAUUUGGUAACACUUUAUUUGACAGCGGCGUCAUAAGACUGUCUUAACACUGUUAUAGUUAUGACAUAAAACUAUCAUGGGCAUUACUGAAUGCUUAUGACAGAUGUCAUUAAGUGUCAUCUAGCAAAUUAUGUUACCAACUCCAUUUAUGUCCAGCUUGGAUCUUUUAAAUCCAUUCAAAGUGAGAUAAUUUGCCGAAUAAAACCAAAUGAUAACUGUUAUAAGCAUUUGUUAAUGCUAUUGACAGUCUUAUGGCGCCACUGUCAGAUAAAGUGUUACCAAAUACCGUAACUAGCAAUUAAUUAAAGAACAGGAACAGUAAUUGAAAAAUAAUUAGUACAGAACAUUUAAGACGUAUUUUGAUUGUUAUUUACAUCUGUUGCGCUGCAAUGCAUGCUAGGAGGCAUGUUGGACAACAACAGUGUUGACAGCAGGUGGCAUAAAAGAUUGACUGUCUCCCCCAAGGGAGCAGUGAUGGUCAAAUGAAGCUUCUUGAAGCAAUGAAGCUUUGCAAACAAUUGGUUCAAAGCUUCAUGGUGGUUCAUUUGGUCUUCUGACCAUCGUAUGAUGCCGCUGUCUAAUGAAGUGUUACCGGUUAUUAUCUUUUGGUGUAAAUAUCCCAUAAUCCAGUGAGGACAGCUGCGGCUUAUAGUCCAGUGCGGCUUAUCUGUGAACAAAUGCCUUUUUCCUGUCACAUGUGGUGGGUGGCGGCUUAUAAUCUGGUGCGCUUUAUAGUGCGAAAAUUACGGCAUUUACAAGAAUUUUCAACUUAAAUAGCUUUGUUUCGUGACGGCCGUUAUGCUGGAUUAGACAAUAGCGUAACUUUUGCUUAAAAUAUUUACGUAAAAUGAACAAUAACUGCCCAUUUUUUGCUUAUAACCAAGAAUCUAGACUGUAUUACGUUCAUAUAUAUAGAAAUUCCGUGAUUUAAUCUCGUGAUCCGAUCUACUAGUGUGAAAAUAAUGUGAAAUGACAUAAUAAUGUGUUAAUAUUUUCACACAUAAGUCGCACCCCUGGCCAAACUAUGAAAAAAAACUGCCACUUAUAUACAUAUACACACAUACAUAUACAUAUAUAUAUAUAUAUAUAUAUAUAUAUAUAUAUAUAUACAAGAAAUACAGUAGUUGUGAAUAAUUAAGCAUUGCUUGAUUGCUUACAACUAUCAAGAUCUAAAGAUGAGAAUAUUCAACACAAGUAUUAUUCAUCACUUAUAAUUUUUUUUGUUUUUUAAUCUAAUGCAUUCACUUCACUUUUCACUUUUUGUGCUCAUUUAUAUGUAUUCAUUGUAGUUUAGAAGUUGUUUUAGCUUUAGCAUAUUGACGGAAAACAAACAGCUGUGAAAUAUUAGUUAUUUUUUAUACUCGCCUUUAUACACUGGACUGGACUAACAUUUUUAUUUUCCACGCAUCAUGUUUGAUAUCGCUUUGUAUUUGUAGUCGAUCACUGCCAUUGGGUAUUACAGCGAGUUUCUUGUAAUAUCCAUGUUUACUCAGCAGGGGGAGGUAUUCAGCUGUGACAUACCAAACGAGCUGCUCCAUUCGUGUGUUGUUUCUCACACGGAAAUUAAUAUUUGUUGUGUAUUCAUGGUUAUGCUUGUGGAGUGUUCUUCAGUGCUCAAUAAUCUGGAUCGUUAAUGUUUGUAUUUUUACAAUAUGGGUUAUAUAGUAGUUGUAUCUUUUUUACGCUGAUGUUUAGUUGCUCGAACUUUGUGUCAUUAACAGCGAUUGACGUCCGAGCCAUUUGAACUGGCCCCAGGUCAACAAGAAGUCUAGUAUACCUCAGAAGUGGAACGGUGUUUGGAUAUCUACCCCAAAAUUUUUUUUAUUUUUGAAAUCAGGCUAAAUGAUAGCAAAAAUGGGCAAUUGUCAAUGUACUUUUAUUUUGAAAUCGUACGUCAGAAUUUUAUUAGCGCACUUCAGUUCGAAUCCUGGGUUAGUCUAGUAUACCUCAGAAGUGGAACGGUCCUUAGAUAUUUACCAGAUUUUUUUUUUUUUAUCAAUUUUUUGAAAUUGGUCGAAAUGAUAGCCAAAAAUGGGAAAUUUUCAAAGUACUUUUAUUUUGAAAUGGUACAUCAGAAUUUUAUCUCAGUACUUCAGUUCGAAUCCUGGGUUAGUCUAGUAUACCUCAGAAGUGGAACGGUGUUUGGAUAUCUACCCCAAAAAUUUUUUUAUUUUUGAAAUCAGGCUAAAUGAUAGCAAAAAUUGGCAAUUUUCAAUGUACUUUUAUUUUGAAAUGGUACAGCAGAAUUUUAUCACAGUACUUUAGUUCGAGUCCUGGGUUAGUCUAGUAUACCUCAGAAGUGGAACGGUCCUUAGAUAUUUACCGGAUUUUUUUAAAAUCAAUAUUUGAAACGGUCGUAAUGAUAGCCAAAAAUUGGCAAUUUUCAAAGUACUUUUAUUUUGAAAUGGUAAAUCAGAAUUUUAUCAGAGUACUUUAGUUCGAAUCCUGGGUUAGUCUAGUGUACCUCAGAAGUAGAACGGUGUUUGGAUAUCUACCCCCAAUUUUUUUUUUUUUAUUAAUUUUUAAAAUCAGGCUAAAUGAUAGCCAAAAUGGGCAAUUUUCAAAGUACUUUUAUUUUGAAAUGGUACAUCAGAAUUUUAUCAGAGUACUUUAGUUCGAGUCCUGGAUUAGUCUAGUAUACCUCAGAAGUGGAACGGUCCUUAGAUAUUUACCGGAUUUUUUUAAAAUCAAUUUUUGAAAUCGGUCGAAAUGAUAGCCAAAAAUGAGCAAUUUUCAAAGUACUUCUAUUUUGAAAUGGUACAUCCGAAUUUUAUCUGAGUACUUUAGUUCGAGUCCUGGGUUAGUCUAGUAUACCUCAGAAGUGGAACGGUCCUUAGAUAUUUACCGGAUUUUUUUAAAAUCAAUUUUUGAAAUCGGUCGAAAUGAUAGCCAAAAAUGGGCAAUUGUCAAUGUACUUUUAUUUUGAAAUCAUACGUCAGAAUUUUAUUAGAGCACUUCAGUUCGAAUCCUGGGUUAGUCUAGUAUACCUCAGAAGUGGAACAGUGUUUGGAUAUCUACCCCAAACAUUUUUUUAUUUUUGAAAUCAGGCUAAAUGAUAGCCAAAAUGGGCAAUUUUCAAAGUACUUUUAUUUUGAAAUGGUACAUCAGAAUUUUAUCAGAGUACUUUAGUUCGAGUCCUGGGUUAGUCUAGUAUACCUCAGAAGUGGAACGGUCCUUAGAUAUUUACCGUAUUUUUUUAAAUCAAUUUUUGAAACGGUCAAAAUGAUAGCCAAAAAUUGGCAAUUUUCAAAGUACUUUUAUUUUGAAAUGGUACAUCAGAAUUUUAUCAGAGUACUUUAGUUCGAAUCCUGGGUUAGUCUAGUAUACCGCAGAAGUAGUACGGUGUUUGGAUAUCUACCCAAUUUUUUUUUUAAUUAAUUUCUGAAAUCAGACUAAAUGAUAGCCAAAAUGGGCAAUUUUCAAAGUACUUUUAUUUUGAAAUGGUACAUCAGAAUUUUAUCAGAGUACUUUAGUUCGAAUCCUGGGUUAGUCUAGUAUACCUCAGAAGUUGAACAGUCCUUGGAUAUCUCACAGAUUUUUUUAAUCAAUUUUUGAAAUCAGGCGAAAUGACAGCAAAGAUGUGCAAUUUUCAAAGUACUUUUUAUUUUGAAAUGGUACAUCAGAAUUUCAUAGGAGUACUGUAGUUCGAGUCCUGGGUUAGUAAAGUAUACCUCAGAAGUGGAACAGUCCUAGGAUAUCUCAGAGUUUUUUAAAUCAAUUUUUGAAAUCAGGAGAAAUGAUAGAAAUAACUAGCAAUUUUCUGAGUAGUUUUACUCUGAAUUCCGACAUCAUUUUUAUAUCAUAAUGAUUUAGUUUGGGUCUAGGGGUGAUCCAGUGUCUCUCUAAAGUGGACCCGCUGUCGAAUAGUUCUGUUUUCAUAUACCUUGUUGCAUUCUGAAGCCAGCGUGUUGCAUUACCGUAAUGCACAUAUGCAAACAAUAUUCCAAAUGAGGGGCGGCUAUCUUGACUUCAUUUUUACGAGUGGAGGCUGGCAAUACCUACAGUAAUUGCAUUUUCUCAUUACUGCCAAUCGUCUCAGUUCAAAUGAAUUGGACGUUUAUCGCCGACAAUGGUAGCGAAUGAGUUAAGUGGGGUACACUCAUACCAUUAAAAAGUAUCACAGGAUAAUCUAACAAUAAAAAUUAUAAUCCCAAGGGAAGGUUAAAGAUGAAAUUUGGCCUGAUUAACGGUAUGAAUGUAUCCCAGAACUACGUAUUUUUCCCCUCCUAACAGUGUUUAUCCAUUUGAUUUCCUUAUGAAUUUUGUUUUUUUGCUGAGUGUGAACUAUGCAACGUACCCGUCUUUCACAUUUGCAUCUAACCAAAAUGUGCCCGACAUUAAUAAAUAUAAGUGUACAUUUGCUGUGUGUUAUUACUCUGUAUGAAAUACCUUAUUCAUUUAAUAAAUAAGGAAACACAUGAGGAUGCCACAAUAGUGUUUUACUGUUCAAAGGUAAACAUCAACAGCAUUUGCUUCUGUCCUGUAGUUCAGUAUACAUUUGUUAUUUCAUUAUGCCAAAAUAAAUGUGCUGAUUAAUAGAAAUUUUAUACAUUUAUCAAAUCAUGGCAUUCUGUCUUAAGAAAAUUAUGAAAAAUACCAAGCCACUUGACUCAAUAAAAUGACUUUUUAAAACUCUAAAGGGUUUUUGUUUCAACAUUCCGUUAGAAAUACUAAAUGUUGAAAGAUUUGGGACCAACUACCUUGUGAAAUAAUUACCAUGAUUGGUAUCUUCACAUAGAUAAACAUUAAUAACAACAUGUCAUUUAAGAAAUGUAAUUGUCUGUCAGAAGUCUCUAAAGCUGUUAGCCCUUAUUAUUUAUU